CUCCUCCGCUGAGGGAAGCGCCGGUUUCCGCGCCGCCUCCUCCUUCUCUCCAUGGCCGUCGGGCAGGUCGAGCGAGGCGGGCGGGCGGCCAGGCGGCGUCGAGGGCCCCGGUGACAGCCGCCAUGGGCUCCCUCUUCCGCAGCGAGGCCAUGUGCCUGGCGCAGCUCUUCCUGCAGGCCGGCUCGGCCUACGAGUGCCUCAGCGCCCUGGGCGAGCGCGGCCUGGCCCACUUCAGAGACCUCAACUCCAAUACAAGUUUGUUCCAGCGGAAAUAUGUGGGAGAAGUGAAGAAGUGUGAAGAAAUGGAAAGGAUAUUGGGAUACCUAGUACAGGAAAUAAAGAAAGCAGACAUCCCUCUUCCGGAAGGAAAUAUUACCCCUUCUGCCCCUCCACUUAAACAGAUGUUGGAAAUCCAGGAGCAACUUCAGAAGCUGGAGGUGGAGUUGAGAGAAGUGACCAGAAACAAGGAGAAGUUGAGAAAAAACCUUUUGGAGCUGACAGAAUACACCCACCUGCUGAAGGUCACUCAGUCCUUCAUCCAAAGAUCUACGGAGCUUGAGUCCUGCAUACAGAGCAGUUAUGAAGAAUUCCCAUCUUUUGAUCAUGAUCCUUUGUUGGAGUAUAAUUGUAUGCACAGACUCGAGGCCAAACUUGGAUUUAUAUCCGGCUUAGUUAACCGAGCAAAAGUUGAAGCGUUUGAAAAAAUGCUCUGGCGGGUGUGCAGAGGAAACACAAUUGUUUCUUACUCUGAAGUGGAAGAAUGCUUGGAGGAUCCUGAUACAGGAGAACUGACCAAGUGCUUUGUGUUCUUGAUAUCCUACUGGGGGGAACAAAUUGGCCAAAAGGUGAAGAAAAUAUGUGACUGCUACCACUGUCACCUCUACCCCUAUCCCAGCACUCCAGCGGAACGGCGAGCAGUGAUGGAAGGGCUCCAAGUUCGCAUCCAGGAUCUCCAUAUUGUGUUGCACAAAACAGAAGAUUAUUUGCGGCAAGUCCUGUGCAAAGCUUCUGAAUCGAUCUACACCUGGGACGUUCAGGUGAAGAAGAUGAAAGCCAUUUACCACGUGCUGAAUCUCUGCAGCUUUGACGUCACCAACAAAUGCCUGAUUGCGGAGGUCUGGUGCCCCCUGGCAGACCUGCCCAACAUGCGCCGCGCGUUGGAUGAAGGCUCCAGAGUGAGCGGCGCUUCUGUCCCUUCCUUCAUGAACACCAUUCCGACAAAAGAAACUCCUCCGACUUUGAUCCGGACCAACAAAUUCACCUCGGGAUUCCAGGACAUCGUUGAUGUGUACGGGAUUGGCAACUACAGGGAGGUCAAUCCUGCUCUCUUCACCAUCAUCACCUUCCCCUUCUUGUUCGCCGUGAUGUUUGGAGACUGCGGACACGGCUUCCUGAUGUUCCUCUUUGCGCUGGUCAUGAUUUUGUUUGAGAAACACCCCAAGCUUAAGAGGUCGCAAGACGAGAUGAUGAAGAUGAUUUUUCAAGGACGAUACAUCAUCAUGCUGAUGGGAUUGUUCUCCAUCUAUACCGGCCUGAUCUACAAUGACUGUUUUUCCAAAUCUUUGGUCAUGUUCAGCUCAGGAUGGCAUGUUUCACAAAUGCCUGGGAUGGAUUGGAGCAAGGCAGACUUGACGAAUCCGUUUGUGGCUCUGAAUCCAAAUGCGACUGGCGUCUUCACCGGCCCGUAUCCUUUCGGCAUAGAUCCGAUAUGGAGCCUUGCAAGCAACCGUCUCAGCUUCCUCAAUUCCUUCAAAAUGAAAAUGUCCGUCAUCAUUGGAAUGGUGCACAUGGUCUUUGGGAUUAUCCUGGGGGGCUUCAACUACGUGCAUUUCAGGAAGAUGUACAACAUUUACUUAGUGUUCAUUCCUCAACUUCUGUUCAUUCUGUCCAUUUUUGGAUACCUGGUGUUCAUGAUCAUCUUUAAAUGGCUGGCUUACAGCGCUGAGAAUUCGAGUUCUGCUCCCAGUAUCCUGCUUCAGUUUAUUAACAUGUUUCUGUUCCAUGAUAACAAGAACCAGGUCCUUUUCUCAGGGCAGAUGAUCGUUCAGAAAUGUCUGUUAGUCGUGGCCGUGCUUUCUGUCCUCGUUCUGUUUUUUGGAAAACCGCUUUAUUUGUACUGGUUGAGCAAUGGCAGCCAAAGCUUUGGCUCCUACAGAAAAGGCUAUCGCUUGGUACGGAAGGAGAGCGAAGAAGAGAUUUCCCUCUUGACAACUUGUGAAAUGGAAGAGGGGACCAGCCCUUUGAACAACAGGCAUAAGACUGAGGACAAGGAAGAGUUUAGCUUUGCGUCUGCGUUGAUGGAACAGGCCAUCCAGACGAUUGAAUACUGUUUGGGAUGCAUCUCCAACACCGCUUCCUACCUGAGGCUCUGGGCGCUCAGUUUAGCCCAUGCCCAGUUGUCAGAAGUGCUCUGGGCAAUGGUCAUGAAGGUUGGCCUUCACAUGGAUGCAGCCUACGGGAUCUUCCUCUUGGUCCCCCUUUCAGCCUUAUUCAUGGUUCUCACCGUGUUCAUUCUCCUGGUCAUGGAGGGCCUCUCCGCUUUCCUGCACGCCGUACGGCUCCAUUGGGUGGAAUUCCAGAACAAGUUUUACAUAGGCGACGGCUACAAGUUCACCCCUUUUUCCUUUCAAGACAUUUCUUUACAUUUGGAUAGAUACAUCGCAUAAAUCUGGCUGUUCUUGGCAGUAAAUCGGUUGGGCGUGGUUUGAAAAUAAUCAUGUAUGCUGACGUCUUCCUUGUUCGGCUCCCUUACAGCAAAGACCCUCACUGAUUUUGCCUUAAAACACAGCCAAAUAUUUUUUAUAAAGACUCUUGGCGUCUCUUGCUUGGACUUCGCAAAUAUGGGACCUUUUUGAACGCCAAGUAUUUUCUUCCUUUCAUAAGCACUUUUAGGUUAAUUUUUGAAACUGACUAGAACUAUUUGAUUGCUGCUUCUGGACAUGCUGUAGCUGUUUUCAAGAACUAUUUAUUUUCUCUAACAAAAUCUUUCAAGAGUAGUUUUUCGCAUAAUUCCUUAGGACGAAGCCCCUUUGAAUUUUUUUCUUCUUUUUUUUAAGAGGGAGCAUUAAUCAGUCAUCGAGACGCAUGAGAUUAUUCCUCUGAUAAUUAAUUCCUCUGAUCCUCGUCACUAAUAUUUCUGGAAUUUGGUGACAGCCACUAGGAAUAAAAUUGCGUAUUUCUAGAAACGACUAUGAUUUUUCUCUUGAUCCAAAACAUGGGCUUCAAAUAUAGGUUCAGGGUGUGACUUUUUGCACAUUUUCAAUAGAAAUUGAAAAACAGGCUCACAAAGCGUCAUAAAAAUGCCCGGCUCUAUUAUUUUUCUCUCUCUUCCACUCUCUUUUUUUUACAAUUCCAAAUAGAAGAGAGAUUGAAAAACUAUUUGACACUCCCAGAGGGACAUAGAAACAUUGGAUUCUGCUUUUUUUCUCUCCUGUUCUUCUUUUUUACAAGAUGCAUUAAAGGCAAUAUGAAAGUUUCCUUUCCGAA